GUUCUGUCCGUGCGCUGUGUCGUGUGUGUCACUCACCCACGACACCAGUCCUCGGCCCACGCCGCUCUUGGACUGUUGAAUCUUUCCCUCCCCCACUGGAACUUCAACGUAUACGUGCGAAGCGUUUUCCGCCUGUUUUUGCUUGCUAAAGGAGCAAGCAUGACUCGUGUUGUUCUUCAACACCAUGCCGCCGCGGCAGCCCGUUUGUUCCUUCGACGUGCGGCGGCCGUCAACAGCAGCCACCUCCGACCAUCCUCUCCUACGGGCGCCUCGAUUAGCCAGCAGCAGGCGCGAACGUUGCACUACACUCGGUGUCGUAGCCUCAGUGGAUCCGACAAGGCAUCAACGACGAGCAGCAGUGACGACAAAGACGCUGAUGCAACCGCACAGAGGGCGCCUAACACCGGCACACCUCCCGCCGCCGGGGGCAUCUUCGGAAACCUGCCCGCUCGCACUGCCGCCGCCCGAGCGGGCCGCGGCUGCCUGAUAGCCCUCCCUCUCGCGGGCAUCGGGUUUUCGGCCUGGACUUGCGUUACGGACUAUCGCAGGGUCCGACACGAGCUGAAGCUCGCGCGCGUGGGCCUCGCCCUCGCCGAGAUGAGCUACCAGCGGGACGCCGGCCGGAAGGGAGACGGCGGCGGCGGCGGCGGCGACGCGAACUCGGCAACUCGGCCGACGUUCGACGCUUCUCCCGCGCGCUCCUUCAGCGUUGCGUUGGUGGCAGACGCGGGCGUCUUGGGCUUCCACCUUCUCGCGGCGUACGGGUUGUGGCAUGGCUGGGAUCCGGACCCCAUCGUCAACGCAGAGAUAGGCAACUUGGUCGCCGCGGUCGUGUCGACGGGAGGGGGGUUGCGCGGGGAGUAUCUGGCGGCCAAUCGCAACGCCGCGGAGGCGUUGGCACGCGGGGGAGGAGGUACGCCCCCUAGCGCUCGAGGCGACGGCGGUGGCGAGAGCAGCGGCGGGGGCAGUCACGAGAAUACCGUCUAGCCAAGGAGGACCCGCGAUCCCUCCAACAGCGACGCCGGGAGCAUCUUACUGCAUCGAAAGAAUUGAUGCGGCAGGUUUUGGAAGCAGAGGUAGCGGAGGAGCCCAACUUGUUGUGCUACGUAUCUGAGAGAGGCGGGUGUUGCACACCGCAGAGGUAUGGUGUAGGGUUCAACUUGUGGAAGACUGAAGGAAGGGGUUGGCGACGGCUAUGAACCUACAUUGAGGAGGAGGAGGCCACCAAAGAUUUGUGGCGGGAGCUUGGCUUCCUUCACGAAGCGACAGAUUUCUGCGAAUUGGGCAACAUAAUCGAUAAGCUGAUAAACGUCUUGUGCUUCGGUUGCCCUUUCCUGGUCGGUAGCAUGUUUCAGUCAUCGAGGUUUUCGGUCAGCUGGAGAAGUUGUCCUUCUUUGCAUCAGAACAGUGUCGAAUGAUGAGUUUCUCACCUUUU